AUGGACCCAGACAUCGUCGGCGCAUGGACGAGCACGGAAGCGUUUGGUAACACGGCGUUGGACUGGAGCGAGGAUGUGAAGGCUGGUAAAGCUGUUCUUCACCUCAACUUUUCCGAGGACGGAAGCGUUCUCUUUGACGUGAGUGGACCGAGAUCGUAUGUUCAUGUGCUGCCAAGCGUGACAUUCCACUGCACAGCGAAGAACGGGUUGCUCACAAUUCCUGAAGAUGCUUCUGGCCUCGUCUGGAACUACCACGUCGAAGACCAAAGUACCCUUCAAAUACGUCUCGUGGGGGCAAAGCGAUUUGCGCGAUGCAAAGGCGUGGAUACGAUAUACCUGACGCGACGAUAA